AUGACUUUACGGAGCAAGCGUGCUUUCCAAACAAACUUCCGCUUUGAAUAUAACCUUGGGCAUUUUCGUUUUCUUUCAGAAGAAGCAUUCCCGGACUUGGAUAACGAAGCCAUUCAUUGCCUCAGCAGUAAAUUGGAAGCGUUUGACUUGAGGGGAUUUAUUUUGACAGUAGUGGAAGUCCGUGUUUAUCCAUGUAACAACAGUAGUCAAGGAAGCGGAAAAAAGAAAUUUACAACUUUCACGAUCAAGCCAGAAGGCGUAAUAAUUCAAGGUUCGAAUAGAAGCCGGAAUGCAAAUACUAUUGAUGUUGGAGCUGAGUAUGCGAAGCACAUCGGAAGAAAGUUGCAGCGAUACGAACUCUCAGACACUCGUGCCUGUCAACUUUUGGUGACAACUCACGCAAAGAGUUUCUGGGUGGUGCCUGCGCCUGAAGCAUUUUCUCGUCACUCUGGUACUUGUAGGCUUUUGGGUGAUCGGAAGCAUCCCGCAGCCAACCACACGUUGCAAGUUGGCGACUUUCUCCGCGUUGGUUCUGUUGGCGUAGUUGUGAUUGAGACUCACGAUGGAAUUGAGAAUCGUGUUCUAAGCGAGGAAAAAAUUCAAAAAAUUAUGAAAGAUACCACAAACAACAACGGAGGCUUUUUGGAUCUUGCCGAAACCGACGGCGAAAACUCCGAGGACUCUAUGGAAGAGGUUCAAGCAACGACUCCCCCUCCAGUAGCAACUGGCGACAAGCCCGUCUGCUAUAUGUGUUUUGAUGACGAAGAUACAGACGAAAACCCUUUGAUCACCCCUUGCAAGUGCAUUGGCGACACGAAGUUUGUACAUGUAGAGUGUUUGAGAAAAUGGCACACUGCGGAGGCGGACAACAAAAUUUGCUUUCUAUCGUCUGUUGAUGCAACUUGUUCCGUAUGCAAAAGCACAUUCAAGUCAGAUUUUAAGUUGAAGGAUGGGAGACACGUGAAACUUUUCAAGUCUUCCUUGGAACCACCAUACGUGUCUCUGUUGGUGGCAACGAAGCACGAAAUGGCUCAGCGUCUCUUUAACACUCGUUUCCAACUGUCGUUCAGCACUCUUCUGAGGGCUGAUGGGCGCAAUGCUACUCGAGCGCUCCAAUUGGGAAGAUCUUCAGGAUCGGAUAUGGUGCUAGAUUAUCGCACUGUCUCCGCAAGGCAUGCUUCGAUUCGAUUCAAGAAUGGUGAAUUCAUUUUCACUGAUUCAUCUUCUUCCAAUGGUUCCUAUCUUUACCUCAGAAGGCCACUGGAGUUAUCGCCAUCGCAGUCGGUACAAUUCCGCCUUGGACGAUCCAUGAUAUCCAUGAAAGUGGUUAACAAGUGGAACCGUCGAUUGCUUCGAGCAGUUCGACGAACAGGACAAUCGGGGGGUAAGGAUGCUGAAGGAAGUGAUACAGCUACUGAUGAUCGCUCUAUCGGCAGCAACGAUGACGAUGUUCGCGUUACCGACGGCAGUACCGGUGUUGUAACCAAGACUAUUUCACGGCGUACACGCGACAGCGUGAUGGAAACAAUGCCGCCUCCAGGUCUUUUGUCUCAACAGUCUGGAAAGCACCUAGACUUGUUGUACGCCCUUGCAUAUCCAAAACGUGUUGCGAAAGAUGCGAAUCAAAUUAGGUCAAAUAGUAAGCCUCGAGUAAAGGUUGUCGAAGGGAAUGAGGAGGAGAAUGAAGAUCAAGCUGAAGAAUCAGCUGAAUUGAACACAGAAACAGUUUUGUCCUCAGAAUGA